AUGACUACCGCUACUCACUCCACCACUCCCGUCUACCGUUUGCAAUGCAAAACGCAAUGCUAUGACUGGGGUCGAUUGGGCGAUGUUUCCAAGGUCGCCAAAUAUGCACAGAAAUCCGGCACCACCAUCGAUCCCUCAUCGCCGUAUGCCGAGCUCUGGAUGGGCACCCAUCCGAAUGCGCCGUCGGUUCUGAUGGACCAGCCCCACGCGUCAUUAAGAGAUCUUAUCAACGACCAUGUCGAACUAAGCACCGAACCCAUCUAUCAACAGUAUCACGGUGACUUGCCGUUCUUGUUCAAGAUUUUAUCGAUCCGUAAAGCACUAUCGAUACAGGCACAUCCCGAUAAAGCUUUAGGAGCCCGCUUACACAAAGAAUUUCCUAAAAUCUACAAGGAUCCCAAUCAUAAACCGGAAAUGGCAAUUGCAAUCACACCAUUUGAGGCUUUGUGUGGAUUUAGACCACUGGAUGAAAUCGCGGAACAUAUGAAGCGGUAUCCGGAGCUGUGUGAACUGGUCGGCACCGAUGUGGCCAACGCAUUCUUAAACACGGUCAGGGAAACGGGCGGAUCUAGCGAGGAAAACGAUACCGAACGAAGCAAGGCUGCAUUGCGCUCAGUAUUUUCCGCCGUGAUGAAUAGCCCGGAUGAAGCCGUGGCACGAUUGUUAAAUCAGUUGGUUCAACGUUUAUCCACUUCCAAUGACGACUAUAUCGUGUCGAAACUCGUUCUGCGGCUAGACCAACAGUACCCAGGAGGGGACGUCGGUGUCUUUGCCGUCAUGUUGUUGAACUACGUUGCCAUGGAACCUGGUCAGGCCAUCUUCCUUGGCGCCAAUGAACCUCAUGCCUACUUGUCUGGAGACUGUGUGGAAUGUAUGGCGGCUAGCGAUAAUGUGGUCCGGGCUGGUCUGACCCCCAAGUUCAAGGAUGUGAAAGUUCUUGUUGACAUGCUCACCUAUCGCUACGGAUCAGCGGAAUCACAAAAAAUGACGCCAACUCAGUUUGGCACGUAUUCAUUGUUGUACGAUCCUCCGAUUGAGGAAUUCUCAGUGGCCUUGACAAGAAUCAAGGCAGAUCAAGUGGAAAAACAUGAACCUCUUGCAGGACCCAGUAUUAUGAUUGUCACUGGAGGUAACGGUACAUUGACGGCUAAUGAUCAGUCCUUUGAUAUUGAAGAAGGGUACGUCUAUUUCAUCGGUGCCAACACUCCGGUUUCCUUCAACGCCGGUAGCAGUGGUUCCUUGGAGUUUUAUAGAGCCUUUACGCUUCUCGCCUAG